AUGAACACAUGCGUGGUAAGUGUCACUACAGAUCGUGGUACAGAGAAAGCUUUGGUGCGGGUUCCUCCAUUACGUUUUGAUGCAGCUUUCCCAUUCUUUCUGCCAUCAGAAGAGCUUCGAUUUGAAAUUGAUGCGGGUGAGCAAGCUGGUGAUCCUCCUGAGCAGCCAAACCGAGUUGGCCCGCAUCCUGAGGCGGUUGUGGAUCCUGGGGAUCUUUUAUCUUUGCAGGCAGCUGUAGAUAUUGCAGGCCCACUGCAUGCGUUGGGGAAUGCAAGCAAGGGAUUUGUCUACACCAUGCCCAAUUAUGCCAACUUGUUCUACCCUCAAUUGAAUGCGCUCAUACGGUUCCUCCAUGCCCCAUACUACAGAGAGUUGUUUACCCACACGUGUUUGAGGGACAAUCUGGAGGUUUUGCAACCGCUUUUCCGGUCAUUUCCACAUACCAUUGUUCAGUGGAGAUGGUUGUCCUUGUCAGCUGUGGUUCCUCAACUGCUCCUUCGGAAGAAUGCUCUCAUUGCAGGAUGGAACCCUCAAGCAAUGGGUAUUCGCGUCCAACGGAACAAUGAUGCCCAUGGGGAAGAGGAUGCAUUUCACAACAUGGCUUGGGAUUUAGUGGAUGCUGCUAUCCAAAGUCCUGGGUUCUGGGCGUGGCUUCGGAUGUUGUCAAUUUUGACUGCAGUUCUGGGGUACUUGGAGAGAUGGUUUUUUUCAUGCCCGUGUCAUUGUGAAGCAGCAACCAUGGAGAAUCUCUUGCGUGUUGUUAGUGCCCCCUUGCCUGAUCCAAAUGAACAGCGACAUCAAGAAAGACGUCUUGACAAGAGUUGUCCGUUCCGAAAACGACGUGGGCCAGAAUUGGCUUCUGGGGAUUUCCUUAGCAUGUUGGACCGACUCCUAGCUGCUAGCAAUCAGGAGGUGGUAUCCGUCAUCCUUGCAGACUUGACCCCGCAGGAUCGAGCAAAGGUUGUUGAAGAUUUUGAAGCGGCAAAGCAACAUUUAUUGUUCAGGAUGAGGGUUCAGUUUGCUGUUUACACUUCAUUGCCACGUGUGCUCUUUGGCCUUGGUCAUAAAGACCAGCAGCAAGCUAGGCGUUGUGCUUCUGAAGCUCUUGUUCAGUAUCAGCAGUACACUCCCGAGCAGAAGCAGCAGGCGCAUGCCCUCACAAAGAAGUUUUGCGACCCAGAAGCUCAGGGUGGUCUUAGGCCUCUCAUCAUCGAGUUCAUUGCAGGAGCCUCGCUUCGUGACUUGCAAAGAUUGAGAUUUCAUGUGUUGAGAAUUGCAUGGAUUCCUAUUUGUGAGAUGUCUGUUGAGCGCAUGCACGCAGUCUCCAAAUCUGUGUUGACGCAUGGGAGCCACGCAGCAAGCUUGCCAUCCUUGUCCUUGGGAAAUCGUUGGCCUGAAUUCUUGACAGCUAUACAACAGCCAGGCCGCUUGCAAUGGUUUGCUGACACAUGCGCCCAGGUCUACCACCCAUUGCGUGCUUGUCCUGUGUUUGGCAUUGUUGCUCACCCAGACCUCGCAACUGCAUUCCAAGGCGUUGAGGACAUUAAUCUACUACCAGUUUUGGGCAGCACGUUCAAGUUUAGCAAGACAGUGAAAGGCAUCAUCUAUCGCAGCAACCACUAUUUGCAAUUUCAGGAACCUAAGGUGGAGGUUGCUCGACUGCCCAUGCCUUCAGCUGAUAGUGUUGAGGAACGGUUGCUGAACAUUGAAGCCAUGCAUGAUUUCACAGAUGUGCUUGAACCUGGUUGUUUUUACAGCGUGCCAAUCAAGUUACAGCGCCAUGACUUUUGCACUGAGCUUGUUGUCGUGCCUUUCAUGAACCGCUUGAACUCAUGUAACCAGGGGGAUGAUCAAAUGCCUGAGUGGUUGCAGCAGGAGUGCAGCAUCGAGCAACACCCAAUGGAGGUUGAUGUUGCAGGUUUCGAAUCUUCUGACAAUCAAGUUUUGCCCGCCCGCCAAUGCCUGGACGCUGAUCAUAUGUUUUUUCAGGUGGUUUCUUCUCGACCAGCCCGUGUCAAGCAGGAUCGUGCAACCGGGAUAGGGUUUGGAGCUGACGAUAUUGCGGUGAGUAGGCAUGUUUGCUUGAAAAUGAAUUGUUCGGGUGAACAUCGCUCUGCCAGUGCUGCUGAGAGUGUUCAGGUGGAGGCAAUGACAGCGCCAGGGCUUGUAUGCCAAAGUGCACCUUUUGAGAAAGAGGAGUUUGAUUGGAUCCUGCCCCGCUCCCAACCCUCUCAUAUCAGACAUGCCUUGACCUGGGACCAUGAUGAUUGCGUGGCAUGUGUUGUGGACAAAUCCUUUGACUUGCCUGCUCAUGUCAUGGACUUGCUUGACCGUGCAAUUGCGUGCAAAGCCCUGCCGAAGACAUCAUUUGUGAUUGACGAAGCAGAUUGUGCACUGGAUGAGAUUUCUCUUUUCAAGCAGUAUGACGGCGCGCUGUUUACUUACAUUGCCACCCUGUCUGGUUACCAGCUUUCUCAAGCAGCGAUGCGAGUGGUUUCUUUUGCCAGGACCCUGAAGAACCCUCGGUCAUUGAUUCCAGCAAAUUCUACAGAGGAGCCAAGCCAGCAGACUGCCUUCACCAUAUUGCAUUCGUUGUUUGCAGCUGGGUGGAAGGUGCAUGAAGGGGGGGCAAAGGAUAUGCAGAAUUUGACAAUCACGGCUGGUGCUCCUGCUGCGUCUGCAAAGCGCAUCUUGAAGUCAGCUAGAGCUGAACGUGUAAACCGCAAGUAUUUGGCUGUGCUGCUGGAGAUUCAACAGAAUAGCGAGUUCCGAGCUUUUCUCAGGGAGCAUGAUGUCAAGAGUGUGCAGCAUGGGGCGAAUGACAAAUAUUAUAGUGCUUUGUUGUCCCGUGAACCUCAGAGGCUCCUUCGAACAGACUUCGAGAUGGAUGUUGCAGGUCAAGAUAGGAACAUUCAGGAUGCACAAGUGGUGGCUGCCACAUCGGCAGCGCGGCGAGGCAAGUUCAAAUUGCCUGAUUGUUUGUUUGGGGAUGUGUUUCCUUCAAGCAUCACAAAAGGGGGGGGUUGCAAGUAG